GGUUGCUGAGCAGAACUUACACUAAGAAUGAACGGAUUAAUUGUUGUUGUUGCCUUAUUUGGCUGUGCAUAUGCUCAGUUGGAGUCCCCUAUGGCUUUAGCCAUGCUAAGUGGUGGUAUGCGCGGUGGUGCCGGUGCCGGUGGUGCAACUGGAGGCAUAGACCCACUUAGUCUCGCCGUCCUUGGUGGAACCGGAAACAGCAAAAUGUUGCAGAUGAUGACCCUCAUGAACCUCAUGAAUAAAAGCCCAACCCCCGCCACUGAAGCCAAUAACGCCAUUGCUCAGCCAAAAGCAACUCAGGAUAACACUGCAGUCAACCCAAUGAUGAAUUCUCUGAUGACUUUGAGUCUGUGCAAGAUCAGCGAGACCGCCGGAGACCAGAGGUUCUGUACCCCCUUCACCUGCAAGCUUGAGUCCCUCCGCCGCUACGCCAACCCCAACCUUCUGCAAUGUCAGCAGAUGAUGGGAUGUUGCUUUAAAGACAUGCGCUCUAUGUACAUUGCCAACAUGAUGAAAGGAUUAUAAAGUAACAGCCAUGGUAGAAAAAAGUCAUCAUCAUUUUCCAUAUUUCCAUCUUUUUCACAACAGCCCAUCGCCCGGUGUUGUCAUCGCAUGACUUUCAAAGACUUUACAAAACGUACGAAUGCAUUAGUGCUGGUGCUUUCGUUCUUCAUCAUGUCUUCAAAAGACGUCUGU